UCAACCUACAGAAAUUUAGGGCUCUCAAACAUUGCAUGACUUGUUUUACAUAUAUUUUUAAUUUAGAUCCCAAAUAGCUCAGGUUUACUUCACUCUGCUUCGUAAAAAUAUAGGCAGAAUCAGAGAGAGAGAGAGAGAGAGAGAGAGAGAGAGAGAGAUGGAAAUAGAUAUGGAAGAAGAGAUGAACAAUUUUAUUAUGGUAUGGUUCACAGUUGCUAUGUCGUCAUGCUACUGCUAUGGUACAACCAAAUUGGUCCCAAAAGGUACAAUCAGAUUCUUGCUGUUCUUGCCUGCGCUAUGCCUUCUCUACAUUCUUCCUCUCUAUUUAAAGGCUCUCAUUUUUAGUAUUCCAACUGCUUUCUUUGUAACAUGGCUAACCUCAUUCAAGCUUCUACUAUUGGUUUUUGACAGUGGCCCACUCUCUACCCCAUCUCUCUCUCUCAUACAUUUUCUCACCAUUUAUUGUUUGCCCAUUAAGCUCCAAAAGCCCACGAGCCCAACAAAACAAAAUGGGCCCUACAAACAAAAUAACCAAAAUAGUGUCACACUCAACAUUAACCUAGGUUUCCUCAUACACUAUGCUAUAAAGGGGUUUAUUUUCUAUCUCUUGACAAUAGUGGGGUAUAACAAGCACAUGCUUCCCCAAAAACUAGCUUCCUUCUUGAUAUGCAUUUAUGCUUAUCUAGGGUUAGAAUUGUCACUAGUGGCGUUCGCGAUGAUCGGUCGAGUCGUACUAGGGAUCGAGGCCGCCCGGCCCUUCGAUCACCCUUACCUCUCGACCUCGUUGCAAGACUUUUGGGGCCGGAGGUGGAACCGCGUGGCCGCGGGUGCUCUCAAGUCCACCAUAUUUUAUCCAACCCUAAACGGCACGAGCCGGCUAUUGGGCCGAAAGUGGGCCGCCAUCGUAGCCGCGGUGGUCACAUUUGUUGUGUCGGACGUGAUGCAUGAGGUCAUUUUUUACUAUAUGGGCCGUGUGAAGUUUGGAGGGGGCAUCCCAACUUUCUUCAUUUUCCAAGGAAUUUGUGUUGUCAUAGAAAGCACAAUAAAGAAGAGAAUGGAAGCUAAAUGGAGACUGCCCCAAACUAUAAUUGGGCUUUUGGUAUUUGUAUUUAAUUUGUCUACAUUUAUGUUGCUGGCCCUACCAGAGUUGUUGGAGCUAAGAGUUGACGAUAGAGUUCUUGCAGAAUAUGUAGCUUUGGGUCAUUUCCUUAAGGAUUUGGGCCCAACUUGGGCUAAAAUGGGCCGACCUUUUCGGACACAAUUUACAAGCACACAGAUGUAACUAUGUGAAAUAUAGUCAAUGAGGAAUGUUGUAGUGUUGCAGAAAUUAAUGAGAAUUAUUGGUAGUAAAA